GUUCAUAACUGUUGCCAAGAUGCUGUAGUGGGUGCCUUAUAGGACUUAUCCAAGGACCUUGAAUGGUUUCAUCCGACACUAUUCCCGUAUCCACAAAUCCCAAUGACUGAGAUACCCCCAGUGGACGCAUUGGAGCCGAUUUGAGAUGGACUGUUCGUUCGCUUUGCCCAAGGUACGAGAGCCUGAAGGCCUGCAAGCUCGUGUCCCUCCUUUGGCAAUGUUGACCACCCCUAUUAGUUGCUGCAGGAACACUUUUCGCCUACGACGUUCUUCUCAAUUUAGAUCUCGAACUCAAGUACGUAUGGGCAGCCCUCAGUCCUCGAAAGCAACGGCCGAUCAAAAUAGCACCAAUGAUGUUCAACAUAUUAUACCUUAGUGGCGUCUUUGGUCAACAUCACGCUGGUCAUUCUCCAACUGGUGACUGGUUUACUUAUCAAGAGAUUAUGCUGUCACUACAUCUAAUUCCUCUCCUUCGUGUUCAUCAGUCUACGUUAGCAGCGAUGGUCUCCCCCCUUGAGCGGGUCCUGCACUCUAUUAUCGCCAGCCGUGUAGUUCUUCACCUACGACAAGUAGCUCCCCGAGGUUAUGUCCAGAAUUGGGACACGAUCAACGGAAUCACAACGGAAGAACUCACCAGAGAGUAUACCGAGAUGUCGUUCGUUUCCAACGCGUUGCGAUCCGACAUUGAACCUCAAAGCUGAAGGGAUAGGUGAAGGAACACUGAAAGGCGACCGUGAUGGCGG